AUGGAUGAGCCGAACAACACGGUAAAAGACGUCGCCUCGCCGCCGCCGGAGUCCUGGGAGCACGACUCGCAAAACCCCUUGAAUUGGCCGUCGCGUGAGAAGUUCAAGAACACGUUCAUCGCCUCAAUAGCGGCUUUCACAGCCUCCAUUGGUACGUCGCUUCCCAGCUCAGCCACUUUCCAGUACCAGGAAGAGUUUGGAGUCAACGUCAUGCAAUCCAUUCUUCCACUCUCCAUGUACGUCUUUGCACUCGGACUUGGACCGGUCCUCGGCGGCCCCUUGUCGGAAACCAUCGGACGACAUCCAAUCUACGCCGGGAGCAUGUUCUUCGGAGCCCUCUUCACCGUCGGCGCAGGCCUGACGCAUAACUUUGGCGCUCUGUGUUUCCUCCGAUUCAUGGCCGGCUUUUCCUUUUCUCCGAGCUUGGCAGUGGGCGCUGGUACAAUCAGCGACAUGUUCCACCCGGCCCAACGCGGGCUGCCGUCGACGCUCUUCAUCCUGAUGCCGUUUCUGGGCCCUGGCUUUGGACCCGUCAUCGGUUCAUUCGUAGUCAUGCGCAAGGGAUGGCGCUGGACCCAGUGGACUUUGGUAUUUUUCGCUACUGCUUCGCUGCUGUUCUCUCUGGCGGGCAAAGAGACCUAUCGUCCUGUUCUCGAACGACGCCGGGCCCAAAGGCUUGGCCAUCCAACAGGGGACAAGAUACCCCUCGGCAGCCACAUUCUCAUGUUCCUACGCAUAGCUCUAGUGCGGCCUCUGCACAUGCUGUUCACGGAGCCCAUCAUAACCUUUGUCGCGCUCUACGUCGCUUGCGAGUUUGCCACACUCUUCGCCUUUUUCGCAGGUGUGCCCUAUGUCUUUAGGAAGGUGCAUGGGUUCUCAAUUGAGCAGUCCGGGCUCGUCUUCCUCUCCAUUGUCAUCGGCUGCUUGCUCGGCGCAGUCACCAUCAUCGUGCUCACCGUCGUAUCCUAUCUUCCUCGGGCAAAGCAGCUGCAUCCUGAGCGGGUGCCCCCAGAAUACCGCCUAUUCCCGGCCAUGUUUGGCUCAAUCGGCCUGCCCAUCAGCUUGUUCAUGUUUGGAUGGACCGCCCGGGACGACGUAAGCUGGGCAGUGCCCGCCUUUGCCAUUAUCGUCUUUGCGUGGGGCAAUCUUUGCAUUUUCGUGUCAACCAUUCAAUACACCGUCGACACGUAUACCGGCGCAAACGUGGCGAGCGGAGCAAGUGCCAACGGGUUUGCCCGUUACACUCUGGCAGGGGUUCUGCCGUUGUUCACGGUCCAGAUGUAUCGCUCGCUGGGUAUCCCUUGGGCUGCCAGCUUGCUCGCAUUUGUCUCCCUGGCCCUCGCCCCGGUUCCCUGGGUCUUGUUCAAAUGGGGGCAUAUCAUUCGGAAGAAGAGUCGAUACGAGACGGCAUGA